CCAAACCCAACCCUUCUCUUUCCCUUUAAAACAGGGGGUCUAGUUCCUUCUCAUCUUUCACUUUCUCUGUUGGCCAAGUUGAUAAUUCCUGCCCUGAUGUUUUUUUCACAGGAAUUGAAAACUGAAUAAAGAGGAAGUGAAGUUGAUGGAUGGAAUGCAAAACCCACUAAGCAAAAGGUGAAUUUUUUUUUUCUGAGAGAGAGAUAGAGAGAACUUCUUUUGCUGCAAAUCGCAGAGCUGCUCUCUUCUUAUAUUUCCCUGCCAAGAUCACAUGGCAUGCAUGCCCUUUGUUAUGAUGGGAAUUUGAGUCCCAAUUUUGUUCCAAUCCCCCAAAAAAAUAACUCCAACUGAAAAAAAUCCCCACUUCAAUUUGUUUUUUUUUUUUAAGCUUUCAGCCAUGGAGGCCACUGAGAUUUAGCAAAAACCCAUUUCACAUUUUCCCCUCUGAGAUUCUUCCCUUUCUUCCUUUUUCUUCCUUGAAAAUAAAAAAGACCCUUUAAUUUACUCUACUUUUCAAACUCAAAGUGAUUUUUGAGGCAGACGUUUGUUUCAUAGCCGAAUUAUUGACCUAGUGAAGUAAGUACUAAGUUCUCAUAUGUGCUUUCUUUGUUGUUGCUAUAGUAUCUCUCAUGGCAAUCUUGGAUUAAUUUUGCUCUACUUUUGAUGCUCAAAAGUGCUUUUGAGCGACGUUCGUUCCAUAGCCGGACUAUUAGGAGCCAAGUAAUGCUGAGGAACAGAUCCAGAGCAGUGGCCAGCAAGCAACCUCUAAUGGCGGAUUCUCAACCAUCUCCAACUCAAAAGAACUACUCAAACAUCCCAUCUUUUUUCGAUUCUCCAAGGUUCAGAGCCUUCACAAUAAAGGGCAGUUCUGAAAACGAUCCAAAUUUUAUCAGCCCAACUUCAAUUCUUGACACUACCAGGCCAUUUGCUUUCGGAAAAAACCCGUUUUCGGGUGAUCAAAUCCAACCCAGAACCCCAAAAACUCAAUCCGGAAACAAACCCUUAUGGGAAAAAUCUGAGGCCAAAGGCAUUGGCCUUGCUAUGCUUCAAACACUAAAAGAUGAAAACUUUGAAGACAAACAUUCAAAAACCAGUAACAGUAAGGUCCUGUUUGGCACUAAGCUCAGAGUUCAAAUCCCCAAGACUGAGAAUUCCCAGUUUUCAGAAACUGGGUCUGUUAACUCAGGCACCCAAACAGAGAACCCGAAUUCGGGUUCGAAUUCGGGUUCAUGGAGUGGUUGCGUGAGUGAGAGAAGUGAAAUGGAGCUUUCUGAGGAUUAUACUUGUGUGAUUUCUCGUGGGGCGAAUCCGAGAACGACUCACAUAUUUGAUAACUGCAUUGUGGAAAGUUACCAUACUUUGUCAGAUCAGUCGAGCUCGUGUUCUGCGAAUUUUCUUAGCUUUUGUUACACAUGCAAGAAGAACCUUGAGCAGAAGAUUGACAUAUACAUUUACAGAGGUGAGAAGGCUUUUUGCAGUCGAGAAUGCCGCAACCAAGAAAUGCUCUUGGAUGAAGUUGGGAGCACAGAACUUGAUGAUACAUUUAGGGGUUGUUCUUGAAUGAUUGAUUAAACAGACCAAAAAUGUUUGGUUUUACUAUUUAAGUUUUGUAUUUGCCUUUUUUUACCCUCUCCGCUGCAGAUAGAGAUAAGAGAGGAUGAGAUAUUGUAAGUUUGUAGAGUUUUGAUUUUAUUUAAUUAAUAACUUAUUUGAUUUGUCUUUGCUA